AAAAAAAAAACAAGGUGAUUAGAAUAUUUUGAGCAAAAAGAAUAAACUUUUGAAUUCAGAUUAUUUCAUUCCAUCGAACUUGCAUGCUGCUUUGCAAUCAUCUGACCAAGAAGUGAAGAAAUCGAGUUGCUGGUGUUCGAAUGAAUUUGCUGGGAUAAAUUCACGGUUUGUGCAACUGUAAAAGCGACUGUUAUAGUUUGGAAGCAUUCCCAUAAAAUGAUUAUUGACAUCGGAAGGAGACAGAAGCUCAGAUGACAGCUUAAGUGAAUUGCUUCUAAGGACAGAGAGCAGACACACACACUCAUACAUACAAAUCAUAGCAAGAAAACAACAACAAAAUACUAGGCACGAAUAAAAAACAAAAUGAAACGAAACAAAAUUUGAAGACGGGACACAAAAAUAUCUUUCAUUCUCUCUCUCUUCCUCGCACAACGGAAACGCAAACAUUACGGCGACGCUUGGCUCGUCACUAAUUUCAGAUUUCUGAAGAACAAGAAAAAGGGGCGAAGAAAAAAGGAGUAAAACGGACGAGCUACACCGAAUAGAGUCUCAUUCAUUCAUCAAGUGUAUUGUUUGUGUUAUCACUGCUUCGACAAGCGAGUAAUCUUAAUCAAGAACCGCAACCAUUCCCAUUCAUUUGUAACGUCAUAUUGUUGGCGUGUGCAGAACGGAGAGCGAAUACGAAACGACAUCUCAUCCAAUUCAAAAAUAUAUAUUGGCAACUAAUUUUUCUAUGAAGUUAUCGUCAUGGACUCCAAUGCCAGAACCGACAAUGGCAUUAAUAUAACUGAUUUUUUCAACCGUACCACACAGAUCACUCAUAUAAGCUCCGAUUUUAUGGCACAAUGGAAAUUGAAAAAGAAACAACAACGCAUUUGCAAGAAACUUUACAAUCGAUUACUUGAAUAUCCGGAAUGUCAACGAGUAUUGGGUCUGCCAGUUUAUCGACCUUUGUUGGAUGGCAACGAUUUAUGGUCAAACAACGAUAGUUUAAUUGACUGGAAUUAUAUAAAUGGUACGAUUCAUGCAACACUCGAAGCCAAUCGAACUGCAACAAAUGUACUAUCGAAUGAAAUGAAACCGGUGCUGCCAGCACUCGAAUUAUGGCAAUCAAUCAUGGUUGCGACCAUCAUUGCAAUUUGUAUGAUACUCACGAUCGGUGGCAAUAUUUUAGUUUUAUUAGCAUUCAUUGUGGAUCGAAGUAUCAGACAGCCCAGUAAUUACUUUAUAGCAUCACUUGCGGCAACUGACAUGCUCAUAGGAACGGUUUCAAUGCCAUUUUUUACGGUGUAUGUUCUGCGAAGAUACUGGGACUUGGGACCGCUACUAUGUGACCUAUGGUUGUCUGUUGAUUUCACUGUAUGCCUCGUAUCACAAUACACCGUUCUAUUGAUAACCAUCGAUCGGUUUUGUUCCGUUAAGAUAGCGGCCAAGUAUCGAAGUUGGCGAACCCAAAGGAAAGUAUUGUGGAUGGUUUCCAUCACAUGGAUAAUUCCAGCUUGUUUAUUCUUUACAUCAAUAUUUGGAUGGGAACAUUUCAUCGGAUACCGAGAUUUGUUGCCAGGCGAAUGUACAGUCCAAUUUUUGAAGGAUCCUGUAUUCAACACGGCACUGAUCAUUGGCUACUACUGGACAACGUUAAUUGUAUUAUUUGUAUUGUAUGGUGGAAUUUAUAAGACAGCGUACGACAUGCAAAAGCGUAGCGAGGCAAAACAACGUAAAAUGCAGUCGAUGGUUGCAUUAAGUGCUGGCGCCAUGACUGGAAUGGCUGGACGUGCUGCUGGCAUUGGCAUAUCAAAAGAUCAAAGUACACUACUAAGUCAGGACACUCAAAUAAAGAAAUUUACUGCCGCUGUAACACCAUCAUCGUUGCCACCAUCAAACGUAACAUCAUCGUCAUCGUCAAAUCAAAUAAAUGAGGCGACCACCCGAAAGAGUUCUGUACCAAAAAAUAAAACCGAACAUGUAGAUAAUAAUAAAACUCGGCCAAAGGCCAAGAAGGAGCUUAGCGAAGGUGAUAAGAGUGAACGAUCGAGUAGUCCAGCUUUUGAUUCGGAUGAUGAUAGCACUGUACCAAACGCACAACCAAAAACCCAACAACAACAGCAACAGCAACAGCAACAGCAACAGCAACAACAACAGCAACAGCAACAACAACAUCAACAGCAACAACAACAUCAACAACAGCAACAGAUUAAAAAGCGAACCUCAUUGGCUGGCCUAUUUGUGCAAGCACAAGCGCCUGUAUUUGCGGCCAGAACAAAUGGUGCCAUUAAAACGGCAUCCACAAAAGAACAAUCGAUGCAAGUGAAAAAAUCGCCCAGUUCAAGAAUGGAAGCAAUGCCAAAGAUCACCGAGGCUAGCCUAUUAGAUUCGGAUAAUAUCAGUAUCGAAGCAUCGAAACAAAUGGUACCACUUCGGCCAACGCCCGUUCAAUCUCCAAUAUCACCAAAAGAUAUUGAACCACCACAAGCACCAAUCGAUCAAGCUCAGAUAAAACUGUCGCAUGAAAUUCUACCUCCGCCAGAUGAUUUUCAAGGUAGCCCAAAUCCAACAUCAAAGAGUCCAUCAAUUAAAUCGGAUCGACCCAGCAGCCUUGUGGUGAGCAGUCAAAGUGAAUUAACCAUGACGUAUGACAUAUUGGGCGGUUUAGAUGGUGCCGAUCUUCGUUUCAUGGACGAAAGUUCUGUGGUUGUAUCAUCACCACAAAAUGAAAGUCCACCCACAACGAUCAUUUUACCACCGAAAAAUGUAUCACCGGCAAAAGGUCAAAACAUUGCAAAUCCAUCAUUAUUACAAAAAGCAUUGAUCAAAGCAACCGCUCAAUCCCAACAACCAUCACCGACUGUUUUACUUAAAUCAUCGGACGAAUAUCAUUCAUCCAUAGCGACCGUUACAACAACGGAAAUUGUUAAUAAAUACAAUACCACGGUAAAUGUUAGCGAUAAGGCUGAUCGUCCAAUAACAACGAUUGUAAAUGCAAUAAAUGCACAAAAAUCUAAUUUAGAUGAAACAACCGAACGGCAAUGUAGCACAAUCAAUGAGGAUCGUUUUCUAUCCAACACCGAUAACAGUAUAUGCACGAAAGCAACCGUUCUCGCACAAAAAUCAAACACAUCAACAUUAGCCACCGUUACAACAACGACCACAAUUGAUUUGACGGGCAAAAAUCAAAAUAUCACAUCAAUCACACCGGCCGUAUCGAGUUCAUCACAACAGGCGGUUACAACGAUAGCAUCGGUGGCAGGUACGACGACAGCGGCUGCAGCAGCUCGUUCAUCAACAACCAGUGAAAAAACGUCCGGCAAACGUGAUUUCAUUCGAUCGAUUGGCAAACGAUUGAAGGGUCGCAAAAAGAUCCCAUUGAUGGGCGGUCGUCAAAAAUCAAAGUCUGAGAAUCGUGCACGCAAAGCAUUCCGUACGAUUUCAUUUAUUUUAGGUGCAUUUGUUGCAUGCUGGACACCAUAUCAUGUACUUGCAUUGGUUGAAGGCUUUUGCUCCGAUCCACCAUGUACAAAUGUGCAUCUUUAUAUGUUUUCAUACUUUUUAUGUUAUGCAAAUAGUCCAAUGAAUCCGUUCUGCUAUGCACUGGCCAAUCAACAGUUUAAGAAAACAUUUAUGCGCAUCCUGAAAGGCGAUCUACACAUGACAUAAAUAACAAAACCUUUAUACCACCAUGAUCUCUAUUCAGAUGAUAAGAGCGUUACCGAUCACCCAUCCAAAUCCAAACAAAAUGAUAAAAAACAAGUCUAUCAUCUAACUUUUUGUUUCAAUUUUUCGUUUUUAUGUCAUUUUGUUUUUUUUCGCAUAUUUUCACCCAGAAUUUAUGAAGUGAACACAAUAAAAGGCGCCACAAUGAAAUUUUUGAGUUAGUUAGUUUUCAGUUGAAUUUAAAAAAAAAUUAAUAGCAUAAAACGGCAAUACAUACUUACAUUUAAAUCGAUUACAUUCACAGCAACAAUAAGAGAAGAUAUUAUAUUUAGACGGUCCAUGCCACGUAGAAAUUUAGGAUUAAAGUAGCUAACAAUUUCUUUUUGAUUCACGUACAAAUGACGAUCGAUCGAACGAAUGAAUGAAUUUAAAUAGAAAAAUGAAUGGAUAAUUUCUAUUGAAUUGAAAGUAAUGUGAAUGGUUCGAGAUUUUGUAUAUUGAUCUUAUGAUUACCAAAAGUUAAAAACAAUAAAAAUAACGAAAAAAAGACAACACUGAUAAAACUCAUUGGAAAGAACUACAUGCAGAAGAAUGUUAUGAGAAUAAAAAAAACGUAAAUUUAAUGCCAAUAAUAAAAGAAAAAAGGAAAGAAGGAGAAAACAUUUCUCCAAAAUGAUAGCGAUAAUAUGUAACGUAAUUAAGAGUGACAAUGUGGACAUAAAUAUCUUUAUAUCAGCAGAAUAUACGAUAAUUCCAUGUAAUCCAUCAGCAUAAAACUGAAGAUACAUUCAUUUGCAUCGACGUAUGAGUCAGAGAUUGUUCUUUUGAGGCGAGGGAACGUUGCGGAGGGAAAUGAAAAUUGGUAAACAAAAAUUCCCCUUACUUAAGGCCCCUCCUCAAGAUCCACCCUUAUUUUCCACCUCACCGUUUCUUCUCCCCAGAGGAUCAAUCCCUGGUAUGAAUGUAAUCGUGAAUGAGUGAUUUUUGUGAAUGUGUGUAGUAUAUGUAUGAAAUAUUAUAAUAUUUGCUGAUUUGAAUGACAGUUUUAUGUUAUGGUUUACAUGAAUAUUGUCAUUGAAAGAACUAGUUUGAAAUUCAGCAUCGAUACGGUUAGAUCAAAACACACAAGCACACGUCAAUGUUGUAGCAGAGACAAUUUACAAAAACACUUACACACUUGCACACAAAUUUAAUGAAAUUCAAUGACAAGUAACACUUAUUUUAUAGAUGUGAGACGGAAGAAUAUGCAAAUCUUUUAAUAGACAAUAAUAUUUGUUAACUAUAUCGAUUUAAAAUAUGACAAAAAAAUGAACAAAUUCAUAAAAAUGUAUUUUGUAAAUAUUUCUAGUCCAUGAAAAGUAUCGACUAACAACAACAACAACAACCACAGCAACAAAACCAAUGUUAAAAUGAUAACAAUAAUUUUCGGGAUAGUUAAUAUCUAGAUUGUAAGAUCUAUACUAUUUAAAAAAAAAAGUUCAUGGAAUCCGUGCAAUGUGCUGCUUUCAAACAAAAAAGAAAACAAUGUUGCCGACACGGUACUUGAUUUAAGUAAUUAACUAGACUAAAAGCAACCACAAAAUCACUUAUUAAGUAAAAUUGUGCAUGUAAUAUAUUUAGAGAUAUCAAGAAAUGUGGAAUCCUUUACGAACAGUGACUACUUUUCAAAUAUACAAUAAUUAUGCAAUGAAUGAAUACAAACAAAUAUAAUGAAAUAGCAUCACUGUUCGCUAACGAUUUUUUAAAAACAGCUCAUCAAUUUAAUGAGUGAAUAUAGUCAAGCGAUUAUGAAUGUAAAAUUUAAUCGUUUUCACAGCGAAUUCAAUUUAAACUUUAUACUGAUAAGACAAGAACUUUGGCCAAAAGUUUUACCUUUGUCAAAAGGACUUUGUCCCCCGAAACGAUUCGAUUUAAAUCAAAAUACAAAAAAUGUUAUGUUCAUAAUUUUGAUUGGAAUUGAAUCAAAUGUAAAAAAAGUGCAAAAUUACAAAAGUGCAGUAGCGAGUAACAUGCAUAUUAAAAUUGUAACAAUGUACUCAGCGAAGCCUUCUUCAAGCUGAAAAAAAAAAUAUUGGCGACAUAGAACUGGCGACAUAAAUGCGUUCAUACAUCUAUAAAAUAAUAAUCAAUUUGACAGAGACCAUAGAAAAACGUCGACAUAAUUAAUAAUUAAUUUUGAUUGACGGCAUUUAUAUUUGACAUCAGUGAGCACUUGUGUUAUGUAUAUUCAAUUUAACCUCAUCUCAGCUACCGCAAUCAACCGUUCAAGACAUUCUUCCAGGAAAUCAGUUUCAAUAUAACAUUAAAUGUUUUUUUAUGUUUUAAAUAUAUAUAUAUAUAUAUUUCAUUCAAAUUUGAAGCGCAUAAAACCAUAGUCGACGACAAGCCAAUAUGCAAAUUAGUACAUCACACUGCAAAUUUCAUCGCUUUUGAAACGCUCGUACUCCGAAUGCAUUGGUGUAGAUUCAUCUCAUGGCUGUGUUAAAAAAACACAUGAACACUUUUUAUGGCAUGAAGCGUUUAUAAUGCUAAUACUUGUUUCGCAUGUACUUCAACUAUACUCUCUAUCGUAGCGAAGAUCAUUUCAAUCUUCAUACUCAUGCUUGGGGCUGUUUACCAUUCAGUGCACAAAAGAGAACGAGAAAAUUCAUUCGAACAUCGAACAGAUACAAUGCGAUGACUAGAGUGCCCAUUUGAAGGAUGAUGAUGUGCCAUUGUUGAUUGAAUGUGAAGAGAAUGAAAAAUCGUUGUAAGUUUGCAUCGAAAGUUGUUCUGUUGCGAGCCUAAAAAGAACAAAAUUUAUUUAUUUUCCAAUUUCUAAUGUAAUUUUCAAUGUACUCACAAAAUUGUACUGCCGUGUGCACUGCUAUCGAUGCAGAGACAUUUGAACAGGAAAAAAAUGUAUACGAACCGCUGGCAAUAGAUUUGUAUUGUGCUUGUUCGGUUAUAAUUGCAAUCGAUAUGCGGCACACAUACAGCGCAGUCAUAUUUAAUUUGACUCAAUUUUCGAGAGAAAAAAAUAUUCUGCAUUAUUUAUGUGUUUAUAGUUAAAAAAAAAACCACCACUUGCUUAAUUACAAGCGAUUCAUUGCACGUGAACGCAAGCGAUUUAAAUUUCAUUUGUUUAUUGUGUUAACGCUGGAUAGUCCUGGCGAUUCACUAUCGAAUAACAUGUGUUGUAUGUAUGUGGAUAAAAAAAAUUCUCACUUCGAUUCGAUUGUUGUUGUUUUUAUAUGUGUGUUUGGUUGUUUUUUCUUCGUGCAGACGAUAUUUAACGAAUGUUUGAAUGUGUACAUCAUACAACGAAGCGACAAUAAAAUCAUUCAUUAUGAUUCGAGCAUUUGCCCCAUGAAUUGGGCCAUUAAUUAGAAAACUUUUCUAGCGACGAGAGCGAGAUAGAUAGAGAGAGAGAGAGCGCGUAAAAAAACAGUGCAAAUCGCCAAACACUGCACGUGCUCAGACGAUUUGGAAUAUAUGCAUAACAUUUAUUGAUUGAUGAAAAUGUUUGCACGACAUGCACAUUUCGUAAUUUCACAUUUGUUGUUUUUUUCUCGCUCCUUCUUUUUUCAAAAUUCGUGUGUGUACGGAACAACCCUUCGAUUACGCCAAAUACAAAACAAACGUGCACACAAAUUGACUUUGGGCCAAUUUUUUAAUCAACUCUUUUUUUCCAACUAUAGCGCCAAUUCAGGAAUUUUAUGCAAAUGAGUUGUUUUUUUCUCGUGUUGCUGCAGUUCGAGGAACACAUUGUCGCAAAUCGUACAUGCGACCAAGCUUAAGAUUAUUCAGAUUCCAAAACUAAUUGACAUUUCUUAAAUUACUGAAGAGAAAAUCGUCCAAAUCGCAUGCAUUUAGCUACGAUCGAUUUCUUUGAACGCGACAUAAAAAUAAGGUCACAAAAUACAGCGAAAAAAUAUCAAUGUUAUCUGAUGUUAAAGCAUGUAAAAUCACAUUUCAACAAUGCGUCACACAAAAGAUUACCACGACACGAAUUUUUUUUUUAUUUCAAAUAUAAUUUGAAUGAUAUCACAACUCGAUGGAAAAUCAAACACAAAUAUCCAGGGACAGAAAUGAAAGGAAAAAAAUAUGUCGAAAAUCUCUUGUUCGCAACACGCCAACAAUUGGCGUCGAGUACACACCAAUAUGCAUGGAAAAUCGGCUACACCUUUAUAAUUUCUGCAUCAGCAUGGAAAAACACCUAUCGACCGAACAACAACAGAAAGUUGAACGAAACAAAAUAAAUAUAUAAGUCAUGUGCGACAAUUCUCGUAGCCCCCCAAAGAAUAUCAAACAUGAUAUAUUGCGUGUAUUCUCUUCCGUGGUCUUUAUACUCGGAUUUAACUUUAAUUGUUGAAAAACGAACAAGAAAACCGAUAACAACACUAAAUGCAAUACAAACGACACUCUUGAUUGACCCGUUUCUUUUUUGUCCUUUGUGUUGUUAAUGGGCCUUCAUAUAGUUCAAAAAAUGCCGAAAACGAAUUUUUAAAUACAAACAUCAAAGAAACAAACAUCACAGAUGUCGAUUGAAUGUGUGGUUUUCUUCGUCGCUUUUCACACACCUGAUGUGUUUCUCUUUCUUUUUUUUUGGUGGAAAGUAACAAAAAAGAAGAAGUGAAUUUGCAUUUUACUUUUACACCGACAACGAUGGAAAUAUAUUCGUAAUACCGAUUAUAAAAUAACAUUUGCGAGUCUAUUUUUGAAGUUCUACAGAAUUUCACCUUGGGGUGAACACCUCAAUGAACAUGACAAUCUACUGAACAAACAAAAAUGAAUUAAAAACCAAAAAACAACUAACAUUAUUGAAAUUGAAAUAAUCGGAUCUUUAUUAUAGUACAUGUGGCCUGCAGAUUCAAUCAAUCAUUGCAAAAAUGAAUUUUUCGAUUUUUGUUGUUGUUGAGAAACAAUGACAAAAGUGUGUGCAUACAUUUUAUUUUAUAAUAUUGACAUUUAAGUUCGAGAUUUCGAACAUUUUGUCAAUUGUCAGUCACUUUUCACGCUUGAUAAAAAAACAAAGGCGCAUUUUGUAUAUUACCUGUAAAUAAUUGCAUGUAAUAAAUUAAACCAGAAACCAAAAAAAAAAAAACAAAACAAAUUAUAUAUUAAUGUUGAAAAUAAAACCAUGCAGUUUAGAUGAAUUAUAGUAUUAAAUGUUUAGGUAAAAAUAGAAACAACUGACUAGGAACAAUGAUAAUUUAAAAAAAAAUGGUGAACAGAGUCGAGAAUAAAGUGUUUAAUGACAAUUAUUGACAAUGACUUUAAUAAAACGCACGUUUCUAUUAUAUGCUACAUAGGUAUUUAUGUAAGUAGACAAAAAAUAAAAUGACAAAUCUUCUGUAGCAGAGAAACAAAUUAGCAUUUAUAGAUAAAUUCAAGCUACCCAACUCAUCUUUUUUGUUACUUUGAUGCGUUUUGAUUGUCAUAUUUCUGUUCUUAUUUGUAAAAAAAAACACCGAAACAUGGAGCACAGGUUAAACAUGCUUUGUGAAUAUAUCAAUUUCAAUUUAUUGAUGAUAAAAUGCGUAUCAAGACGUUCGCUUGUCGAAAGCCAAUAUAUUUUCCUGGACCGUAGCUUAAGAUUUACAAAACUAAAAUUAAACAACAAAUCAAUCUAUAGGCUUUUGUAACAAUUUCCGCAAGCUUCAGAAAUAUAUUUGAGAAAAAAAAGUGAUCGAAAAAAUGAAAAACUGCUUCUGCUGAAAAUUGUGAUACGUACAAGCUAUUGAAAUUAUAUACUCGUACUUCCUAAAUUAAUUGGCUACAAUAUAAUUUUCUUUCUUUAAAUUUGUUGCACUCGAUUCUGAUAAAAUGCUACACAUGAACAA